AUGGACCAAAGGUACAAAGAGUAUGACCCUUUCAUAAUGUCACAUAUUGUUAAACAAGUUUACUAUGUUCCUUAUCCUUCAAUUGUACCACAUAAACGAGGGUGGUCUGUUGUAAUCAAAACAAAACCGUUGGGUCAUAUUGAAACUGGAGAUCUAGUGGAAGAUGUUGCUUACCAAGUUAAUAAAGUUGAACAAAUUAAUGAUACAAUUGCGGUUGAACAAAUUACAAGUUUGUCUGGUACAACUGUUGAGGGGCAUCAAGUUGAUGCGUCUAUAUUGUUGGAUGAAAAUGAAAUGGACAACGAGCAUGAAAAGUUUGGGUCCGAGGAUAAUAUCACAUCAGAUUAUGAUAAUGAUAUGGAUGAACAUGAUUUUGAAUAA